AUGUCAUCUCAACCAAGGAGGGUGAAAUCUGUAGCCAAAGCCCCUGCAUCAGAAGAACUACCUUCAUUUCUUAAUUCGACCUCUGAAUCAGAGGAGGAAGAGGAGGAGGAGGAAUGGGAGCCAAAAAGCAAAAUUGCCAGGAGACCUCGCUUGCCAAAGAAAACUGAGGCAAAAACUAGGGAAGCUGCUGCUCCACGGUCAACUGUGGCCAGGAAAAUGGUUAAGAAGGUAGCAGUGAAAGAGGAAAUGGACGUAUCCUUGCCUAUUGCACCUGUAGAAGAAAGUAAAAUGCAGCUUCUAAAACCUAAGGAAGAAAGUGCAGACACUAAAUCAAAAAGUUUAAAUCAAAAGCCAGAAGUGCCUAAGAAAAUAGAAAUCAAUUCAUUCCAAGGGAAGAACCAAAACAGUUUAGUGAGUAAUGAAAAACCCUCAACAAGUGUUCCUGUAGUGAAACAAGAGAAAUGUGAAGAGGAGUUUGCAUUUGAUGAACCGCCCUCUAAGAAGAUUAAGUUGAAUGCGUGUCCUGAAGGAAAGCCAGUUAAAAAUCUGGGAGGCAACAAAAUAAAAGAAGAAUUUGAAAUGAACUGGGAUAUUGUACAGGCCUUGUCAGAAAUGACAAAUGUUGAACCAUGGGUAUGCGCAAACUUAGUUUGGCUCUUUCAAGAAGAAAACACAAUUCCUUUUAUUGCUCGGUACCGGAAAGAGCUCAUCAAUAACCUGGAGGCCGAUGCCUUGCGAGAAGUGCAGCACACAUUGGAAGAGCUACGUACUGUUGCAAGGAAGACACAUAUGAUGAUACAGAAGUUGAAGAAAGAAGGAAAGUUAUCCAAUUCCCUUUUAAAAGGAUUGCUAAAUUGCAGAACUUUGGAAGAAUUAGACCAUGUGUCUGCACCUUACAAAACUGGGAGUAAAGGUACCAAAGCACAGAGGGCCAAGCAGUUGGGAUUAGAACCUGCUGCUCUCUCCCUCCUGCAGAAUCCUAUGGAACUCAAUCUCUUUUCUUACAUUAGACCAAAUACCAAAGGGCUUGCAAAUAUCCAAGAAGUAGAGGCUGGAGUGCAGCAUAUUUUAGCAGACAUCUUUGCUAAAGAUAAAGAUACCCUGGAUUUUAUCAGGAAAUUAUGCCAGCAAAGGUACAUUUCCAUCCAGUCAACAUUGGCAAAAGUGUCAUCCAAAAAUGGAAGUGAAAAAGAUAUUGAUAAAUUUCAACUGUACCAUGAGUUUUCUUGUAAUAUAAAGAAUAUUCAGCAUCAUCAGAUUCUGGCCAUUAACCGAGGGGAAAAUCUGAAGAUCCUGACAGUGAAGGUCAACAUUCCUGACGGGGUGAAGAAUGAAUUCUGUUGGUGGUGUGUCAAUGAAAGAUGGAAACCAAAACAAUUUUUAAAACCGGAAUUUAUGAGGCUGUUCCAGAGUUCUGUAGAGGAUGCAUAUAAACGCCUUAUAUAUCCUCUUCUCUGUAGGGAAUUCAGGUCCAAGUUGACAUCUGAUGCAGAGAAAGAGUCUGUGAUGAUGUUUGGGAGAAAUCUCCGUCAGCUGCUUCUGACCAGCCCUGUGAGGGGCCGUGUUUUGAUGGGAGUAGAUCCUGGCUACAAACAUGGAUGCAAGUUGGCAAUUAUUUCACCAACCAGUCAGAUACUCCAUACUGAUGUAGUUUACUUGCAUUCUGGUCAAGGAUUUCGUGAAGCUGAGAAGAUCAAGAGGCUUCUGCUGCAGUACAACUGCAGCACUGUUGUGAUUGGCAAUGGAACGGCCUGCAGAGAAACAGAAGCUUACUUUGCUGACUUAAUUAUGAAGAAAUAUUUUGCACCACUGGAUGUUGUUUACUGCAUUGCCAAUGAAGCGGGAGCAUCGAUCUACAGUGUCAGUCCAGAAGCGUCCAAGGAAAUGCCAGACCUAGACCCUAACCUAAGAAGUGCAGUUUCCAUAGCUAGACGCGUCCAAGACCCAUUAGCUGAGCUAGUGAAAAUUGAGCCCAAACACCUAGGAGUUGGAAUGUAUCAGCACGAUGUAUCACAGACUUUGCUCAAAGCAACUCUGGAUAGCGUGGUUGAAGAGUGUGUCAGCUUUGUAGGAGUUGAUAUUAACAUCUGCUCAGAAAUACUAUUAAGACAUAUUGCAGGACUGAAUACUAACAGGGCUAAAAAUAUAAUUGAAUGGCGAGAGAAGAACGGACCAUUUAUAAACCGAGAACAGCUCAAAGAAGUUAAAGGUUUGGGUCCCAAAACCUUCCAACAGUGUGCUGGUUUCAUCAGAUUCAAUCAAGAAUAUAUAAAGACUUUUUGCAGUAAUAAGAAAAAUGAACUUGGAAGUCGUGUACUUUUGACUAAAGCAGGUGCACUGGGAAAAAAGAAGAGUAAACUAACGUCAUGUGCCUCACAGCAGCCUAAUCCUUUGGACCAAACUUGUAUUCAUCCUGAGUCUUAUAACAUUGCAAUGAGAUUUUUAUCUCUCAUUGGAGGAAAUGCAAAUGACAUAGGAAAAUCCGAUAUGCAGCAAAAGGUGAAUGUGGUAAUUCAAAAGGAAGGGCUGGAAGGCACAGCCAAAAGGCUCAAUACCACUGUGCACACGCUGCAGCUGAUCAUUGAUGGUCUCACUCAGCCUGAAGGCUACGACAUCCGAACAGACUUCGAUAAACCUGACUUCAAGAGAAGCAUAGUCUGCUUUGAAGACUUAAGUGCUGGUGCUGUUUUGACUGGAAAAGUUGAAAAUGCAACACCAUUUGGAGUUUUUGUUGAUAUUGGUGUGGGAAAAGCAGGUUUGAUUCCAGUGCGAAGCAUAACAGAAGCAAAACUCUCUAAAUUGAAGAAGAGAAGAAGUCUGGGCCUAGGUCCUGGAGAAAGAGUGGAAGUUAAAGUACUUAAUGUUGAUAUUGCUCGACUGAGGAUAACAUUGGAUCUUAUUCGUGUUUUAUGAGAGGGGUUUCAGUAAUUGAGCUUGACUUUAAAGGAUAAGUAAUGUCAGCAAGGUUAUGGAGACUCAGGCAUUUACUAAAUAUUGCAAAUGAGCACAUUUUGAAACCUUCAGCGCCUUUUUUUUAAUUUUUAUUUUUUAGUUUUACAGUUUUCAAUUUUACCACAUUUCUUGAAUCUUUCUGUUAAUAAUUGUUGGAACAGUUUUUUGGAUUACCUCCAAGCAACCUUGUUAUUUUGUCUGCAGUGCAAAUGAGGUUCCAUUGGGCUGUCAGACAGAUCUCUUUUCUGUUGUCUGUGCAAUAUUUGCUGUCUUUAUCUUCAGUUAGUACUGCACGACCAGACAUAUCUAUAGCUCCCCUCCCAAAAAAACAGCCAUUCAGUUUGCCUGUUUUCUGGUUGACAGUCUAAAAGAAGGCUCCUAGUGGUAGGGAAAAAAGUGCUCUUUUCAAGUUAAGUGGUAAUGAUUAAGUGGUAAUAACGUAUCAAAAGUAGACUGAGGAAAAAGCAUCUGCUAAAACUGUUGGUAGUUCAGAAAUAGUUACCUUUAAUUUAUUUGACCAACAUUAUUAGGUCUGUUUACC